AUGGAGAUGAUCUCAAAACCCACCAAAAAGCUGCUUCCUUUAUUCAUCAUCACUACUCUGUUCGUCUUCUAUUCCCAUCCUGCGAUGGUGGCUACUGAAGAAGACGAUAUAAGAUGCUUACGUGGAAUCAAAAGCUCACUUUACGAUCCUCACAACGCGCUUAAGUCAUGGAACUUCGCUAACACUAGCGUCGGAUUCCUCUGCAGUUUCGUGGGUGUGUCUUGUUGGAACAAUCAGGAGAACAGGAUUAUCAGUCUCGAGCUUCGAGGAAUGGGUUUGUCCGGUCGAAUUCCAGAAUCUCUAAAAUUCUGUGGGAGCUUACAGAAACUGGAUCUCUCUAGGAAUCGGUUAUCUGGUAACAUCCCUACAGAGUUAUGUAAGUGGUUGCCGUUUUUGGUGUCUCUUGAUCUGUCGAAGAAUGAAUUAAACGGUGAGAUUCCUCCUGGUUUAGCCAAGUGUACCUUCGUCAACUCUUUGGUUAUGUCUGAUAACCGGUUAUCUGGUCAUAUCCCGGUUCAGCUCUCGGGUUUGGUUAGAUUAGAGAGGUUCUCUGUCUCUAACAAUGAUCUAACAGGUCGCAUCCCAUCUUUCUUCAACUCACCAAAUUAUUCUUCUGAUGAUUUCAAAGGGAACAAAGGUCUUUGUGGUCUUCCUUUGUCUUCGAGUUGUGGAGGCUUUAUCUGA